CUCUACCCCCUGCUCUAUCCUCUAUCCAAACGGAUGCAUGAUCGGGACAAAGUCGGAUUGUGAUACAUUUCGAACCUCUGAGAUCUGGCGUCUCUGAGGGAUGUAUCGGGCGCCACAGCCAGAACGUUCUGGAGCGAUUCAUCCCGGUAGUGACGCUGGCAGGAGAGAGUGGCAUUGACAGUGUAGUUCGGCGCACGUGUUGAUGAUCAGCUACGUUGUCAAUGCAUCGCUGCUGGGGGACUUUGCGGUGCUUUUGCUCGCCGGAGCACGUGACACAUGCGCGGGGCGGCAUCGUGAAUGCCACGCUUUCCCGUGGCUUUGCCGUGUUCCAGCUCCGAUCGCAUACCGCUCGAGACGGCGGAGAGCUUGAGAGGUCCGUCCAACAAGACGUCUGACCCGUCCAUCACACCUCCCGCAGCUCCCUGCAGAUCGGAGGGGGCCGGCAGCUGCAGCACCACGGAGCAGGGGCGGCUGCUCGGCGCGGUGCCCCCUGCCUCGAAGAAGCCGGGGCUCGCCGUCCUGCCGAACUGCCACGCCGAGCAGACUUUCGCCGUGGAGGUCAGGAAGGCCAGCGAUGAGCUUGGUGGCGCAGGCCCUGGCAGCGGCACGCCGCCCUUGAUCUCCAGUGUCCAGUGCGUGCUGAAGUACAGGGGCGCCGCGGGGGAGCUGCGGGUGCGGGUGCACACGUGGUCCGCUGCGUUCGGCGACCCGCCGCUGGACGAGGAGGCGGCCGCGGUGCUGCUGUCGGGGCUCGCCCUCGGCGACCUGCGGCGCGGCCGCCCCGUGGCCGAGGUGCGCGCCGAGCUCGAGGGCCGCUGCCGCCAGGGCGGCGCCCCCGGCGCCCCCGAGCGCCUGGCGAGAUACGUGUCCGGCAUGCUCUGGUCCGACGCCUUCCGUGUUGACGCUGGCCAACACUCACGGGCAGAUCUCUUCGCGCAUGCCCGGAGCAGGCUGGAGGCGCUUCCCGUGCCCCUGGUGGUCGCCUUCUACAGCCCUCGCCUCGUCGCCGCCCUGGACGCCGCGGCCUGCGCGACCGGCGACGAGGGCGGCGCCCCCGUGCAGGUGGCGCCCGGCCGCCGCGUGCCCUCGGACGACGGGCUGUGCCUGCUGGAGGACGGCAGGUCGAUCCUGCUCUGGGUUGGGCCCGCGGUGGACCCAGCCAAGGCCAGGUGGCUGCAGGGCCUGUCGGGGGCGGUCGAGGGCUGGGCCGGCUGGCCGCCCGAGGCGCAGGCGGACCCCACGUUGAAGGCAUGGUCCGAGCGGCUGCCGGGCCUGGUCGCGAAGGCGCGCGCAGAGUGCGGAUUGCCUUUCGCGCGGGUGCGCGUCGUGCCGCAGCACGAGUCCGCGGACCCCCGACCCGAUUCGGCCUUCACGCAGUGGGUGGAGCUGGCAGUGCUACCUGCACCUGUGGCCCCUUCUAAACCUGACUCCUCCCACCUGACCCGCUCCACCAUUCCUUUCCUUUCUGCCUUGUUCGUUGCGUGUUCUGGCGAGGGUGAGGAGAAUUACAGCGGGUGGGACCCGUGA